UCAGUUUCUGCUUCCACUAACUGCAGUCUGCAAACCUUAAAAACUCUCACAGAGAGAGAGAGAGAGAGAGAGAGAGAGAUGGGACACCAUUCAUGCUGCAACAAACAGAAGGUGAAGAGAGGGCUAUGGUCUCCCGAAGAAGACGAGAAACUCAUCAACUACAUAUCUACAUACGGCCAUGGCUGUUGGAGCUCAGUUCCCAGGCUCGCAGGGUUGCAGAGAUGCGGGAAAAGCUGCAGACUGAGGUGGAUAAAUUACCUAAGACCUGACCUCAAACGUGGGAGCUUUUCUCCCCAAGAAGCUGCUCUUAUCAUUGAACUCCACUUAAUUCUAGGCAACAGGUGGGCUCAGAUAGCGAAGUAUCUUCCAGGAAGAACAGACAAUGAAGUUAAGAACUUCUGGAAUUCAAGCAUCAAGAAGAAGAUAAUCUCUCGCGCUUGCUUCUCUGAUCAUCUCUCCGCCGCCAUUUCCAGCAAUAUCCCUGCAGACCCAAACACCGCUCCUUUUGAUCACCAAACCCUCUAUUCUCUAAACCCUAAUUACAAUAAUCUCAUCCUCCACACAACUCAUCAUCAUCAGGUCCUGCAGGAUCAGGCUGCGGCGCUCAUUUCUACUGCAGGAACAACAUCAUCGUCUUCUCCGACCUCGUACUUGCAGGCUGCUGCUCAUCAGAUGAUAGAUCAAAAUGGGAAUUUGGUGCUUCCCAUGAUGCCCUCUGAUCCGGCCUGGUUUCUUGGACAGCAGCCUCAGAAUCUUGAGCAUAAUUUCUCCAUCUUCAGCGCUGCUGCUAAUGAUCAUAUCGCCCCGGAUUUCGAUAUGAUGGUGUUCCCCGCCAUGCCUAAGCUUUGCGAGAUGAUAAAGGCUGGCGGGGAGGGCGAAAAUAUACCCAUUUCAUCCUCCUCUUCUUCCUCCUCUUCUGCAGUAGUCGCUGCCGCUGGGUGUGGCGGCAGCGACCUGGUUGUCCCAGGUAGCAGUCUCUCAUGUUACCCUUCGGGGUACAAUGCACGUGACUUGCAUGUGCCGGCCGGGUAUGAAAUGGAGCAAACUGAUACAAUAAUCUUGCCAUCAUUUCCCCUACCGCCACCACCGCCACCAUCACUAUCAUCGUUAUCACCGCCGUCAUCGUUUUCCGGGCAGUCAGGCAAUCAGCUUAUUACAUAUCAAUCUUAGCUCUCCGGCCACCUAAUCAUGGUAUGCAUGGUGUGAUGGGAUGAUUAAAGAUGGAAUCUUUUUUUUUAACUUUUUGUUAUAUAUUAUUAUUAAUUGGGAAGUAUAAUAUGGGAACCUAGAUGUUACCACUUUGGGUUUGUGGUAAUUUUA